AUGAAUAAUGUGACUCCUAAGCUUGUUUGGCCUGAAGACGAAUACGUGGAUGAGGCUCUUCUCGAAGAUCACCAAGGACCCGCUCGGCUCGAAUACUAUGCGUGAGUUCCUUUUUUUUUCAAUAUUUAUGCGCUUCUGAAACGGGAGGUGUCGAAUGUCACGACCCAUAAACCUGUCCAUGGGGACGGGGUUCACACGCGAAUCACUGCAAAAAAGGAUCGGUACCCUUUUCAAUUCUAUUUCCAUCUCUCGGUCUCUUGGCGCUCCAAAUCACAUGGGCAACACUUCCUUUUCUGUUUCUUGUCCACGGGGGUUUCCUCGAUCUUCUCUGUCAGUUCUUCUUAUCAACGCAACAAUUGUAUCCGUUCUGGGAGGUCCGAGAGAACACCUGCCGAUGACGUCAUCCAUUUCUUCUUGCUUCCGAUCAAUCGAUCCAAUCACAUUUGACCUUGCGGUCGGAGGGCGGCGAGAGAUGAAGAAACAUAGAUGCGGGGGUUGCGCAAUAGACCUUGGAAGCAAGCCAAAUGGGCUUUUGGCAGAGUGCCAGAACAGCGAAAAACUGUGAAAUUUCAAAGACAACAGACUGAAAAGUGACAACUAAUCGAACUGUGUCAACACUGUUCUCACGCCAUUCUAUCGGCACUGAUAAGGGUUCAAAAAGUGUCGAAAAAAAGAAGGAAAAAAAAGUGCCAGUAUUAUUAAUCAGGAUAAAAAUGGAAAGUUUUAGGCUGGUGAUGCUUGCCAACUUGCCGCCUUUGACGGAGGAAUUGCGAACAAGGUGUCCGGCGCUUCCGGUCAAGACGAGAUCAGCCCCCGAAUUCACGCUCGUUCUCGACUUGGUAAGACUUUUUGAGAGCAUGCACCUUCAAAUUUCAAUUCUUUUGUUAAAACCUUCUACUUGAAAAGAAUAGGCUAGAUAGUACCUAAUCAUUCUGAUAAAAAAAUCCCUUUUAUAGGGGCACCGGACAGAAAGGGCGCGCUGUUCGUAAUCUGGCCGAAUUUCUAGGCCGCGAAGUUAUUGUCCACUGAAAAUGUGGCCUAACUUUUCAAACUCGCUCAAUUUGCACUGCAAAAAGAGUUUCUCAACAGAGCGUCAUUUCUGUGCGGUGCCCCUAUAAUACAAGAAGUGCAUUCAUAAACAUUUGACCUCGUUUUGAUUGUUAAAUUAUAAUUUCCAGGACGAGACGCUUGUGCACUGCAGUCUCACUCCUCUGGAGAACGCGACGAUGGUGUUUCCGGUGGUAUUCCAGGACAUCACCUAUCAAGUGUAUGUCCUUCUGCGUCCGCAUCUCCGCACAUUCCUCAACCGAAUGGCCAAAACCUUUGAGAUUAUCAUUUUCACUGCCAGCAAGAAAGUCUAUGCCAACAAGCUUUGUGUACGUAAUUUCGCAAAGACACACUUUCGAAUCGCAAUCCUUUCCAGGAUAUUCUGGAUCCUCAGAGGACGCUGAUCCGGCACCGACUCUUUCGGGAACACUGUGUUUGCGUAUAUGGCAAUUACGUGAAAGACCUGACAAUCCUGGGCAGAGAACCUUCGAAGACGAUGAUCCUCGAUAAUGCGAUCCAGUCGUUUUCGUAUCAACUCGACAACGGAAUCCCCAUCGAGAGCUGGUUCCACGACAGAUCCGACAAAGAGCUGCUCAAGCUGUGCUCCUUCUUCGAGGCCAUUCCCACUAUGGUCAGUUCUCGUUUGUAGCAAACUAUUUUCUCAUUUCCCACUCAUUUCAGGGUCGAGAUGUGCGCGAGAUCCUCCGUCACAAGUACCGUCUCCGUGAUCACGUGCCCUUCUACAGCAUCAUCCAUCAGCAGGAAGGGCCGGGACGACAGCCGAUGAUUCCAAUGCCAAUAGUGGCUCCGGCUCCUCCGCCACCCCCGAAUGAGGAUCAACUGAUCACUCAGGUGGCUCCGAAGCAGCCGCAAAUGGUCGAAGGAUAG